AGUAUGCCGAAAGCAGAAAGAAUGCUAGAAGCUGUGGAUGCUUAUGGAAGUCCAAUAACAUUCACAAAUCAUGGAAGAUCCAAAUUUAAAACAGCCUGUGGAGGAGUUUUCACAAUCUUGGCAGUUUUUUGUAUCAUUGGUUUUAUAUACGUCAUGAUAGAUGAGCCAAUGAAGCUGAAAUAAAAUAACCGAAGUUAACAUAUCCUCCACGAACACAACUACAGGUUCAAACUGUUCAGGAUUAAAUUUAAAUACAACAGUUAAAACUAUUGUUUCAAGUACAUACAAUGACUUUGUUAGAGUUCAAUAUCCUGCUUCUCAUUCGUUGAUUAGUAAUGGAUUUGGGAUAUCUGUCUUUCCAAAUUUUGAGGUUGACCCAAAAUAUGGAGGUAUUGGAGGACUCUAUCACACAAAAUCCGAUGGUGAAGACUUAGUAACCAAUACUCUAGACACACAGAUCUGAACUCCAGGAUCAUUUUAUCUACAGGAUCAUCAAAGAGCAUUCCACUAUCCAAUCAGUGUUAGCACAUGUUUAGCCUUAGCCCCAUUCAUUGUUCAGGGAGAUUUCUAUUCAAACGAACGCAAAAUCCCUGAGUUUAUAUACUACAAAUGUACUGAAGGUGAUUGAGAGACAAAAGCGAAUUCUGAAAUCUUCCAUAAGGGAAAGUCUCUCCUGGUGUAUGUCAACAAUGGCUACUAUGACGAGACUGAUUCUGAUAAUCCAAUUAAAGAGUAUAUCUCUCUGAUCGACGUUCUCGAAAUCGGAUCGGCUCAAUAUCACUCAAAGACAAUUUACAUCAGAGAGAAUGAGGUGGUUUUCCUAAAUGGAACUACUAAGACCUUCUACGAUGCAAUCCCAGGCCUUGAAGAGAAAUUUAUGAGUCCAUCCUUGGACUCUCCAGUUCUCUCCAGAGUGAAUAUAGUGAUGAGUCCAGAGAAGAAAAAGUUUACACAAGUUGAUAUGGUUGUUGUAGAUGGCUCAUCAGAUACAAGAAAUCUCAACAAUGAGCCUCGCUCUUUAGAUGACACAAUGUCAAAUCAGACUAAAGUGACUGAAGAAGAGAUGAACAAAGAUAAAUAUUACUUCAUUCUCACCUUGCUUUCUCAGAUUGGAGGAUUCAUCUACCUCAUAAAUCUUAUAUUCAGAAGCAUAGUUGGGCUGUUCAUUGAAAAUAUAAAGUCAGCUUUCCUGAUCAACACUAUUAAAACUGCCAGACAAGGCCCGCCAGCUGGGAUACCUAAGCCUGAAGAAUUUAACAACAUCGCAUCAGAUAACCAAAAACUAAAGGAAGAAACCAAAGAAGACAAACACGACCAAGCCCGAAACACUAGUUAUCAACAAAUGAAGGCUGAAAUCGAUGACAAAAUCAACGAAUCCAAGGACCAAAUCCUCACUCCAAACCUAAACCUCAUAAAACCCAAUCCCUUAAAAACCAGACGCUCCCGAACAGUCACUUCCCAAAGCGUGGCUAAAUACAGCUUCAUAGACAUUAUCUCAAAAUCCUUCUGCUGCUUUAACUACAAAUAAACCCUCCUCUCCCUCUAAGCUCUCUAAAUUUGUACAAGCAGAAAGACUCCUGUACAAGGAGAUGGACGUCAUUAGGAUUCUGAAUGAGAUUAAGGAGCUCAGGCAGACCAAUUCGGAAAUGAUGGAAGCGUAUGAGAUGAUGUUCCAAAAUGCAAAUAAUCCUGGUUUACCUCCUCAAGCUCAGCAAGAAGACUCUAAACUCUCUGAAAAACUCUCUAAUCAUAAUGAAGAAUUCCCUGAAGCUCCAGUAGGCCCAGCUAGUGGCAAAGAAAACUCAAUCAACUAUGAAAAAGAUAUAAUUACCAAAAGAACCCCACCCCACAAUAACUCAGUCUCCAACGACUUCAAAUCACUAAUUCAUUCCCACCACGACGUCUCUCAUCAUCGAGAAAUAGAACAAAUGGCUGUCAGCUCCAUUUACAAUAUAGUUGACCAUGAGCUUGCUAACUUGAAAGCCAAGGAAGAGGACCAGUAGGAACCAGGUUUUAAGGAGGAACAGAGGAAGGGUUAAAAGAGGGGUUUAGAGACCUCUAGAGGGGGAAAGUGAGAUUUAGUGAAAAGAGAA